AUGACCAGCACGGAAACGGCAGCUUCUCUCGACCAUCUGGUUCGCCAGGUGCUGCUUCCCGACAGCGAGCCGUCCAAGCCCGUUCUGGAGCUUUUGCCGGUGCCCACGUCGUGUUCCGAUGCCGUCAACACCCAGUGGUACGCUCUGGCGGCGCUCAUCUGUCGCCACAUGGUACAAUCGUGGUACUCGCGGAUUUCCGACGACCCUGGCUUUGUGACGGAGAUGGUGGAAGUGCUUGCUAAGAUCUCGCGGGAUGUGGACACCCGGCUGCAGACAAUUGACUACGAGACGGCGCUCCUGGACGGGCUUCCGUACCUGAUUGAUUCGCAUUUCGAGGCAGUGGACCGGGCCAAGGCAUUGCAGGGCUCGGCGUUUCUUCCAGUCAACUCGCUUUCCGAGGGUCUGCGGGUGUUUCGACCCCAUAGAGCUAUUUCCGGAGUCCCUGACGACCACUCGGAGCUGGUGUACCAAAAGCUACUGGCGCAACAGAUCACAACAAUUCUCCUGAAACGACAGAAGAUUGACAGCAAGGUGGCACACGCCUUCAUCUCGGCGAUCCUGCACGACGUGGUGCUCACCACCCUCUUUGAGCGGCUCUCGGAACCCUGGAUGCUCUAUGAGAUCAUCAUCAAGGUGUGCGACCUGCUGCCUGACAACAGCAAGACCCCCGAAAAGAACGACAAUGGCGGCGGCAGAGUGGUGGAAACACUGGGAUACCUGGUGUCUAACGGCGUCACUAUUGCUACAGAAACCUUUUACGCAGCCAGAACGUAUGUCAGAUCAGGGUUCGACUUUUACGAGAAGAAUUCAGUCGACCCAACACUGGCGGACCAACAAGACGAAGGCGACAGCGACAAGGAGAAGGAAAACGAGAGGAAAACGAGAAUUGCGCCCAAACCAGUCACAUCGAGAUACUUUUUCCAACUACUGGUGAACAUCAGCAACAUUCGCGCAAAGAAACCGCUGCUGGCCAGCACCCUGUCCUAUCUGUCUGUAUUCCUGGAGAUGCAGCCGCUGGCGGUGUCGAUUCGAAACGUGGUGGUUAACUCCAUGAACAAGCACGUUUUGCGUGAAAAGACUGCCGAACUCAUUCUCAGAAGCGCCCGGACCACCUUGUUCCCCAACAACGGGCCUAUGGGAGCUCCCAGGGUGCUUCCUACGGUGCUGGAACAGUACGACAUUCGCCAGAAUGCCCGAGAUGCCCUAUCGCGCGUAUUCCCGCCGUUUGUGGGGAACGUGACCACAGACAUCGAUCUUUGGCUGGACCACCUGAGCAACAAGGAGGUCAACAAGCUGCUGCUUUAUUAUCUGUGCGAUUACUUGUUGCAGCUGGCUUUUCCCGAGCUGUCUGAAAAGGUGGAGUAG